GCAAGUAACCCAACUUAAACCCACAAGAUCGUGCGCAGCGCAAGACCACUCGGGUUGUCACUGUGCUGAUAAUGAAUACUAUCAAAGCUAUUAAAAAUGCCAUAGUCUGCCUGGUGCUGCUGCCCCGGUUCCUGGUGGCAGCGGUCAUGUUCUGGCUGCUUGACUUUAUCUGCAUUAGGAAAAGGGUCUUCUUCAGGAUGAAGGAGCAGGAGGGCGAUGCCAUUGAUCCUCCUGUCUGCAUAUCCGACUCCAAUCGCCUGUUCAGCCUGGAGUCCCUCAAAGCUGUGUGGCACGGCCACAAGCUGGACUUUCUGAAGGCGGCGCACCUCGGACACGGAGCGCCCAACACCGAAGUAGUUCAGCUGCAGGAUCAGCGGCGCAGCCGGAUCCUCGAUUACGUGAAGGACAAGAGACCGCUCAUCCUCAACUUUGGCAGCUGCACCUGACCACCGUUCAUGGCGCGUCUCAAGGCUUUCCAGGGAGUUGUGCAGCAGAACGCAGACAUCGCAGACUCUGUAGUUGUGUACAUUGAGGAAGCGCACCCCUCCGACGGCUGGAUGAGCACAGACGCGCCCUAUCAGAUCCCCAAGCACCGGUGUCUGGAGGACCGGCUGAACGCGGCGCAGCUGAUGCGCCUGGAGGUGCCCGGCUGUCUGCUGGUCGUCGACAGCAUGGAGAACUCUUCCAACGCCGCGUACGGAGCUUAUUUCGACAGACUUUAUAUUCUACAGGAGGGAAAGAUAGUUUACCAGGGCGGCAGAGGACCCGAGGGCUACCGGAUCUCAGAGCUCAGAGACUGGCUGGAUCAAUACAGAGGGAGGCUGGAGAAAUCCAGUAAUCUAGUUAUCCAUGUGUAGAUUCAUCUCCAUCUUUCCACAGAUGCUGUGGCGAAAACAGCAAGAAACAAUGCUGCAGAUUUUUCAGUAUUAUAACUCCAGAUAGAUAGAUUGUGUCCCUCAUUAAUGGUUUAUUACGUGUAUUUAUUUUUUAUAUGAUUGGAUCAAAGUAAUUUGUUCAACAUUGUCGGAUGUGCUAAGGUAGGCUCCUUCAUUUCCUAUUGGACAUAUGCAUCCUGUUAGGAUCCAUUCAGGAAAAAAAGGUUUGUUUAGGCAAAUUGCUUGUCUACGAACAAAAGUAUUUGUGUGUCAAAAGUUCUGUUUUUAUUUCUUCUCCGUGUGUAAAUGCGCCUUCAUUGAAUCCGUCAGGAGGAUGGUGAGUUUUGCGCAUCACUGUGCUCCUCAGUACUGUUGUGAAGUUCGGUUUUUAAACGGGCUGAGUCCAGAGAACCGAUACUGAUGUUUUUCAUACUGCAGAUCACAGUGAGGCUGCUGCUCUCAACUGUUUUGUAAAUAUUGUUACGUUUUAUGGAUAUAUUUUUCAUACAAUAAAAUGUUUUGAUCUA